GCGUGUUCGUCAGCAACUAUUCCGCUUCCGCCAGACUAAAGCACAUGGCGGACCGCUGCGAAUCAUGAAGUUUAAGUAAACUAUCCUGACGUUGUUUAUGAUGCGUCGGCUACCGACCAGAUGACCGGAGGGUAGUGUGGGAGACAUGCAAGCGAAAAAACGCUACAUCUUGGUCCUCAUGAGCUGUGUGUUUAUCGUAUUUUUAUAUUAUGGUGUGUACAGAUUCUGGCAACAUGGCGGCAUCGAAAACGAACGCCCGGCGAACCCGAAAAAUCAACGUUCAUACACGGACGCGGAUGGAGGUAGUCCGGCGGGCGGUUUAUAUCCGGACGAAGACCUUGUUGUGUCGCCCUCGCAACGACGGGGGGAGCGGCGAGCUACCCACCACACCCCCUCCAAUUGUACUCUUCACACGUGCUUUGAUUUGUCAAGGUGUCAACGUGAUUACAAAGUUUACGUGUACCCCGUACAGCCGGACGAACUUAUUUCCCCGACGUACCAAAAAAUCUUAAGUGUUAUCCGGGAUUCCCGGUAUUUUACAUCGGAUCCUAGUCAGGCAUGUUUGUAUGUAUUGGGAAUAGAUACUCUUGACCGGGACAGUUUGAGUCCGGAUUAUGUGUCAGAUAUACAAGCCAAAGUGGACCAGGUCAAAUACUGGAAUAACGGUCGCAAUCAUGUGAUAUUUAAUUUAUAUUCGGGCACAUGGCCUGACUAUGCGGAAAAUCUGGGAUUCGACAUUGGGGAAGCUAUACUCGCGAAAGCGAGUAUGUCGACUGCCAACUUUCGACCUGGAUUCGACGUUUCCAUACCCCUCUUUUCAAAAUCGCAUCCCGAAAGGGGGAGUGAUCGGGGUUAUGUGGGGUCCGGUGACCUGCCGGCCACCAAAAAAUACCUCCUUGUGUUUAAAGGAAAACGAUAUCUAUACGGUAUUGGUUCUGAAACCCGGAAUUCCUUAUAUCACUUACACAAUGCCAAGGAUAUAAUACUUUUGACAACUUGUAAACACGGCAAAAAAUGGAAAGAAAUGAAAGAUCCUCGCUGUGAAUUAGAAAACAAAGAAUAUGACAGGUUUGAUUAUCAAGUGCUGCUGCAGAACGCGACCUUCUGUCUUGUGCCCAGGGGUCGGAGACUGGGAUCUUUCCGUUUCCUGGAAGCCCUUCAAGCUGGCUGUGUACCCGUUCUCCUCAGCAAUGGCUGGGAACUUCCCUUCAGUGACGUCGUUGAUUGGUCCAGGGCAACUGUCUGGGCAGAUGAGAGGCUUCUACUACAGGUUCCGGACAUGAUCCGUUCCAUUCCGCCCACGAAAGUUCACUCAUUUCGUCAACAAACACAAGUCCUUUGGGACAACUACUUCUCAUCUGUGGACAAGAUAGUCAGCACAACAUUCGAGAUUAUCAGGGAAAGAGUUCGAAUUCCACUUCAGCGGAGUUCUUAUGUUUGGAAUAGCCAUCCGGGAGCCCUUCCCACACUGCCACAAUUCUCUGAUGUGUUGCGCGAUUUUCCUUUUUACCUGAAUCACCUAGGUGCAUCUCCUCAUUCCAAAUUUACCGCCGUCAUCUAUGUAUCCAUGGCAACGCCCUCAACACAUUCAUCACCCCUUAUUCGACUUGUCAAAACUGUCGCCAAAUCCGCCAAUGCUGCCAGAAUUGUUGUCAUCUGGAAUAGUGAGACUGUACCAGCAUCUUCUGUGAAGUGGCCUUCAUCCCCAAUACCCAUAAACGUCAUUCAGGCACAACAUAAGACAAUCAGUUCCAGAUUCUUUCCUCAUCCUUUGAUCCAGACCGACGCAGUUCUAAGUUUGGACGAAGAUGUUCUCCUCACCACUGAAGAGUUGGACUUCGCUUUUCGAGUGUGGCAGUCAUUCCCGGAAAGAAUUGUAGGAUAUCCCGCAAGAUCCCACUUCUGGGAUGAUGGGAGGGGCUGUUGGGGCUAUACUUCCAAGUGGACCAAUGACUAUUCCAUUGUAUUGACUGGAGCUGCCUUCUACCACAGGUACUAUCACUUCUUGUACACCCACUACUUGAGCCAUUUACUUCAAAAGAUCGUCGACCAGUCACAGAAUUGCGAAGACAUCUUGCUCAACUUCCUAGUCAGUCACGUGACGCGGUUGCCACCGAUCAAAGUGACGCAGCGAAAACAAUACAAAGAGACCAUGUUGACGGGCGGUGGACGCGGUUAUCCAUCACCCUGGAAUGACCCGGAUCAUUUCGUCCAAAGACAGACUUGCAUUAAUGCCUUCUCAAAGAUCUUCGGCUACAUGCCAUUGGUCCGUUCCAACACUAGAAUGGAUCCCGUCCUCUUCAAGGAUCCGGUAUCGAACCUCAGGAAGAAGUAUCGUAAGAUGGAAAUAGCUGGUAGCUAGUAAAGAGCCACGCAAACUGAUAUUUUUAAAAAAAAUAAUUAAAAUUCUUUCUACUUAAAAAUGCCGAUCCUGGGCAACUGUGUCAAGUUGCCGAAUCGGUCCCACCGUCACAAUGCAUCCAGAGUAUUGAGAGCAACAAAGAGCGAGAUCUCGCUCGUGAUCUCAGGUCUGGAGAUCUUCGUGGCUUGAGGUAAAUCCAAUCGAUGAAUCGUCCAAUAUUGUGAGUAAAAUGAUUGGAUCUGUACUGAUGAUUUUUUUUUCCUUCUGGGAGAUGUCGGCCGCGAAGCAGCUUUUGCGCUAAUUCUUUACGAGUGAAGAUUACAAGUGCCAUUGAUAACUCUGAUAUAAGGAAGUUGGGUUAAUCAGUCCUACUUAUUCUCAGUCAACUGAAUUUGUGUAUAUUAUCAAGACUCUUCGAGGAAGUCUUAGACUUUAUGAAAUUUUUAUUUGUGGUUAAACAUCAGAGUGCUAGUCUGCACGGCCAUAGCAUUUAAAUUAUUUUUCUCAAUUCGAAAAAGCUGUACUUAUUGACUUUAGAGUAACUCAUUUUUUAAAGGUUUCUAACUUAUUAUAAUACUUAAAUUAACUUUUUUUAAAAAAGAUUUCGGCAUCUGUUGUUUGCUUUAUAAAAUGAAAGAUUGCAUCUAUAUUCUAUGAUCUCAAAGAUUCGAUAUUAAUUGUUGGUAAAUUUUAUUUUGUUAUUAUUAUUUUUUUUUUUUUUACAAAACUCUUUGCCUUGUCACAAAUAUUUAAACUAUUUAAAUACAUAAAUGAGAUUAUUAAAAAUGAUCCAAAGAGCUACAGUCAAAAGAAAAGACUGUCAAAUUAUAAUAACUUAUAAACCAUUAGCGACAUUCAAUUCAAAAAUUCGUUAUUAAAUGCAGGGCAUGUUAUGAUUUAUUUUCACUCAUUCGCUUUCAUAUUGUUCAUUUUUCAAUUAAAUACAGCGACUUUCGAAUUUUAAUAACUUUUGAACCAUUAGCGAUAUUCAAUUAAAAUACUAGUUAUUAAAUGCAGGGCAUUUUAUGAUAUUUUUUCACACAUGCUUUUUCGUAUUGUUGUUCAUUUUUCAGUAAAAUUCAGCGUUUGUAAACGUAUAUCGAUUGAAAAAAUUGAAAAAUUUACCCGUUCUCAUCUUGCAGCUCACAUUUGUGGAGUAAAAUGGAAAACAAAAAUUGCGCUAAUUUAUUCUUAAAAUCAUAUACUAAACUCAAAACUAUUAUUAUUUUAAUAGAUCAUCAAAAGGAUCCAUAUCUCGACCUUGUCACUUCAACGAAUUUUGCUGAACUUCUGAAAAAUCGUUUGCCAGAAGUCCUAGACAUUGAAUACAAGCAUAUGGAAUGUAUCAUAAAUUAAAUCCGAAUUUAUGUAGUUACUUUUAAAAUUUACA